ACACUGAGUGUGACUGACUGACUGACUGAGUCAGCCAGGAUGUCAUUCUGUGGUUGGUUUUCUGGCGAAAAAUUUCGAGAUCACUUUGAAAAAGGAAUCUACGUUUGUUCCAAUUGUGGAAAUGAGCUUUUUCAUAGUCAGACAAAAUAUGAGCAUUCUUCCCCCUGGCCAGCCUUCACCCAUUUGAUCAGGGAGGACUCUGUUUCUCGAGUCAACGAAAGCCCAACAGCAAUAAAGAUAUCGUGUUCUAAAUGUGGGAAUGGACUUGGGCAUGAGUUUCUUGGAGAUGGCCCAAAGAAAGGAAUGAAUAGAUACUGAAUAUUCAGUGCUUCCCUCAAAUUUCAACCAUUUGAAGGGAAGCAGGGUUAAAGAUGUUCCUUUUACUUUCAAGUCUUCCAGAACAAAGUUUGAUCUGUAGUUCUAUCAAAUCUGCACCAGAAAUGUUUGAUUUUAUGUGAUCAUCAGAAUCUAUGAUGCUUUAAAACAAAGGCUCUUGAGCAGUUUUGGAGCUGAUGUUUUUCAUGAUGUCACAAAGACAAUUUAUUUCCAAUCUUAAAAUUAUUUGUAAUCUAAUGAUAUGAAGUUUUAACAAUUUAAUUGGCACCCUUUUUUAAUACUACAUAUCACAGGUAAUCAUGUUCUGAGUUCACCCAGUAGAUAAAUGAUUAUGUUCACACAUGUGGAACUAAUGAUGGGGUUCCUGAAAAAGUCUAACAAAACAGAUGAGGUUAGGUUUUGAUCAAUAUUUUUAACAGAGAAUUUUUUUUUUUGAGCACCACACAAAUGGUUCAGGAAAUUUGUCAAUAUUAAAUGAAAAGUCAAAAUUUUGUUAAACACCAUUUGAAACUGAUUUGGAAAAUUUUUCUCAUUAACACACUAUGAAGCCUUUGUACACUUAUUUUUUCUCUCUCUCUUGGUUAAUGUGUUUAGCAAAUCAUUAUGUGUUCUUGUAAAGAAUUAAUUCACAAAAAUGGAUACAUGGACUGUCCAAAAUAAACUUGUCAUUGCAAACUAGGCCUGCUUCUACAAAUGCCCGUAAGAGGCGAUGAUGAUUUAAACUGUACUGUUUUCUAUUGACAGCACAUAACUGUUUUUUUUUCAAUUGUUCUGGUUGAUCAUGUUUUGUUGAACCAUCGUGGCCUUUGGGCCAGUCUUCACCCACCAUGGUUUAUUGAAGGUUGAUUCAAUCAACAACAGUAAAUUUAAUUGUCAAUAAUUUAUUACUAAGCACUUUUAUGAUUUUUUUUUUAAAUUUUGUAAUAUUAACAUUUUUUUUUCAAAUUAUUUUUUGUUAUUAUUACUAAAUAUCAGGGAGUGGAAUGAAUACAUAAUAUUGCACAGGUAUUUAUAAGAAUGUUUUUGUAAGGUUGAAUGCAACUCAAUACUGUUGAUAUUAAUUUUAACAUAUCUAGAAUGAUCUUUGUACAAAUAAAUUUCUAAGUUCAGGCU